UCUGUUUGUUAAAGCGCAAAGUGCACGAAGCAUCUUGUACUGAGCAUCGGGAUGUCUGUUUCCACAUGUACGCCAUAUACCGAAAAGGAUUGCCUGGCGGGAAGUACUGUUCAGUCAGCGACCGCAAAUGAUGAAUGGCUGGAGACACAUGUGGCAGCUGGGUUCAAAGUUUGGCAGAUCAUGUUUCUUUGCUUCGCGGGUCUCCUGACGUUAGCCAUCUUCCUGUGCUGCUGUAUCCGGUUCCGGAUACCACGAACGAAGCAAGAGAUCGAGGCCGACUACGUGAGGAAAAAACUCACCAAGAAGUUUCAAAAACAUCUUCGUGUAAUUCAAAAUUCUGAGAUGGACGACAUGGAUUUGAAAAGAGGUACAGUGCAGCCUUGCAGUGACUUCGGUUCCCGCGCAUGCGUGAUAUCGACAGUGGGGCAGGAGGCACACAUACUGGAGAUCCAAGAUCAUCCGCUGGACAGGGUGCGUGCAGAAAUCAGGUCGGAUACAGACAGCCUGGCCCAUUCUGAAGGGACUCUCAGCUCUGGCUGCUGCAACUGCCCCAGUCCUGCUCUGCCACUGUCAGAACCACUGCAGGAACCUCACCAUGGAAGAAAGGGCUCGCUGCAAGUCCCAAAGAAAGUGACCACGUACCGCAAGAUUUGUGAUGUCACCACAGUUCCAGGUGUAUCUGUGGACGACCUGCCAGUGCAAGGAGUUUUGGGAAGCAAGUUCUCUUCAAUAGUGGAAACUACGUUAACAAAACUGCGACCAAAGAAACCCGAUGUUUAGAAUCUCUCAGCGUUGAAAAUAUGGAAAUAAUCAUAGUUAUUUAUUAUGAGGCUGCAGUUAAUAGUGGAAACUGUAUGCAUUCUUAUUAAACUGCAAUGCAGCAAUGG